CCUUCUCCCCUCCGGGCCUCCGAAGGGAUAUGGCCCGGAAAAUGAGCCUGGACCAGCUGGAGGACCAGCUGCUUUGCCCCAUCUGCCUGGAGGUCUUCCGGGAGCCCCUGAUGCUGCGGUGCGGCCACUCCUACUGCAAGACCUGCGUCCUCUCGCUCUCGGGCGACCCGGAGCAGCCUUUCCUUUGCCCCGUCUGCCGCAAGACGGUGGACAGCGGCAGCUCGCCACCCAACGUCACCUUGGCCCGCAUCGUGGAGGCCCUGCAGACGGCGGGGGGUGACGACCCCGGCGAGGAGUCCUGCCCCGACCACCGCAACCCCCUCAGCCUCUUCUGCGAGCAGGACCGGGCGGUGAUCUGUGGGCUGUGUGGCUCCAUCGGCUCCCACCAGCACCACAAGGUCACCCCGGUCUCCACCGUCUACAGCCGGAUGAAGGAGGAGCUGUCCACCUGGGUGACGGAGGUGCAGCGCCAGAAGAGAGCCCUGGAUGAGCAUGCCAGCAAGCUGGUGAACAACCAGACGCGCAUCAUGAACGAGUCCGACGUCUUCAAGUGGGUGGUUCGGAAGGAGUUCCAGCAGCUCCACCGGUACAUCGACGAGGAGAAGGCCCGCUUCCUGGCGCAGAUCGAGAGGGAGGUGGCCCGCCUGGUGGCUUCCAUCGAGGCCCAGCUGAGCCAGACGGCAGACACCCUCCAGAAGAUGAAGGCGCUGGGGGACUCCUUGGAGGCACUCAACAAUGAAGGACAGCUGGGCUUCAUCAGGAAAUAUGGAUCACUUCCAUCCAGGUCUGAUUUCGCCAGCCACCCCCCAGCCGAAGGAGGCGCCUUCAGCCCCGUCUCGUUCAAGCCCAACUUCCACCCGGACGACAUCCAGAUGCUGGUGUGGAAGCGUCUCCUGCGCAAGGUGCUCCCAGCCCCCGAGAUGCUGAAGCUCAACCCGGCCAGCGCCCACCCGCUGCUGGAGCUCUCCAAGGGCAACACGGUGGUGAACUGCGGCCUCUUCUUCCAGCGCCGGGGGAGCAACCCGGAGCGCUUCGACGACAGCAACUGCGUGGCCGCCUCCAAGGGCUUCUCGUGGGGGAAGCACUACUGGGAGGUCAUCGUGGGGGCCAAGAGCCGCUGGCGCCUGGGCGUGAUGAAGGCCACCGUCAGCCGCAAAGGGAAGCUGCCCAAGAGCCCCGAGCAGGGCGUCUGGCUGAUCGGCCUGAAGGAGGGCAAGCUCUACGAGGCGUUCGCCAGCCCCCGGGUGGCCCUGCCGCUCACCACCCGCCCCCAGCGGAUCGGGGUCUUCCUGCACUACGAGAAGGGGGAGCUGACCUUCUAUAACGCCGACAGUCCCGACGAGCUAGUGCCCCUCUACACCUUCCAGGCUGAAUUCCAGGGCAAGCUGUACCCGGUGCUGGACAUGUGCUGGCCGGAGCGGGGGGCCAACACCCUGCCCCUCAUCCUGCCCACCCCCAAGAUGCUGCAGGGCCGGGACGACGGCCAGGGCGGGGAGGGCGGUGACGACUCCCCCAGUGCCCAGGAGCCUACCAAGUUGUAAGGGCACCGGGAGACGCCGGGCAGGUGGAUCCGUUUCCACCCCUAAGAGGCUCAUUCUCGGAGGUUCUUGGCCCCGGCCACCACUUGGCCCAGGGAAGCCUUCUUAGUCUGAAUAGCCCUUUUCUCUCUGGACUGAAACAGACUAGGAAGCAAUGGCAGAUAGCUAGCCCGUUAUUAGAAGCGGAGUUCCUUAACGGGUGAAAGACAUCUGGUUGUCACA